AUUUCCAAAAUCGAAUUCCCCGUUCCAGUUUUCCAACUCCAAACCUAGGCACCGAAUUCAUCACUGGUAAAGAGAUGGGGAUUGUUGGAAACCUUAAUCCAGAGCAACUUCAAGCCUUCCAUUCUCAAGGAUUUCUGGUUAUUGACUCGUUUUCGAGUCCUGAAGAAAUUGAUGGCAUGAGGAAGCAGAUGGACCAGUUGCUCGAUGAGUUCGACUGCUCCUCCGUCUCUAUUUUCUCUACCAAAAACCAGAAAAAGUUGACAGAUGAUUACUUUUACGAGAGCGCAGAGAAGAUUUCCUUCUUCUUCGAGGAGAAAGCAUUUGAUGAUGAUGGAAACUUGAAGCAGCCAAAGCAGCUCUCUAUUAACAAAGUUGGCCAUGCUUUACAUGAGAUCGACCCGGUAUUUUCCAAAUUCUGUCGCUCAGAGAAAACCUCAAAUUUGUUUGUAUCAUUGGGUUACAAGAGGCCAGUGAUCAUUCAAUCUAUGUACAUAUUUAAGCAACCGGGUAUUGGGGGAGAAGUAGUGCCACACCAGGAUAACUCAUUUCUUUAUACAGAUCCUCCUUCUUGCACUGGAUUGUGGUUAGCUCUGGAGGAUGCAACCAUUAUUAAUGGUUGCCUUUGGGCCAUUCCAGGAUCUCACAAGAAUGGCCUGGUGAGAAGGUUCUUUAGAAAUGAGGAGGGUGUUCACUUUGAUCGUCCAUCCCCAGCUUUUGAUCAGAAAGAUUUUGUAGCUCUUGAAGUGAAAGCUGGAUCAUUGGUGGUCAUCCAUGGUGACCUUAUACAUCAAAGUUUUGAGAAUCAAUCCCCAAAAUCGAGACAUGCUUUGAGCCUGCAUGUUGUUGAUACUGAAGGCUGCAAAUGGGCACCUGACAACUGGAUCAGAAGAAAAGUGGAACCAGAGCCCCUUUAUAUUUCUUGACUGGAGCUUGUUAGCAGUCUCUUGAAUGGUUUAUAUCUUCAAAAUGAUGGUAUCUGGAGGAAGGCAAAAUCAGAUGGACCUUUCCCUUACAGGAUUAUUAUGCAGUUCAAUUGCCUAGUUAUUACAUGGAUGUUCUCUUCGAGAGGUGUUGAUCUUGCAUCUGAAAAUGGAUUGUAUGAACUUAUUAUAUCCUUGAAUGCUAAAUCUUAGCUUUAGUGUAACUGUAUUUCUUUUCU